AGGAAUUCAAAGGAUUAGCAAGGACAGUGGCAUUGUCUGAGGAUUGUUUAAUCUGAGGAGUUAGGUAUUCUGCUAAUUAAAUUACGAAAGGUGAUAUAACAAUUCGAGUUUUCCAUUCGCAGCUAUGUUGAGGGCAGACGUUGCUGUUUAUAUUGCGUUCGGGUGAUAAACAAUUGCAACGCAAGAAGUUUGUCGGCAGAGGUAUUUCCGUACUUUCAGGAUCUACUUCAGGAAACCAUUACAACUUUGCGUGCAUUCUCAACUCAGUUGCCAACGGACGUGACAAAGAUGGCACAGUCGGGAAACAUUUUGGAGAAGAAAUGGCAGCAGAUGACUUACGAAAAACACCGACAGAGACUUAAAGAGACAAAAUCUACGUUAAAAGGAGAAACCACGCUACAGUUUAACGACGAAGAGGCCCAGAUGCAAAUGAGAUUCAGGCGGAUUAUGGCCGAAGAGCAACGACAGGCUGUAAUCGAAAAACAAAACCACAAGCUACUGCAAAGAAUUGUGGAUAUUAUGACAUCGAAAAAGAAGAGAUUUCCCGUGACAAGUACCAACGAGACAAAAAGAAAGGUCAGCGGACCAGUUCAAGUGGCAGACAGCUCUACAGGAAAACCCAGACAAAGUACUGUUAAACUACCAGCAAUUAACGGUUCUUCAUCAGCGAGUGGCUCAAAGUCCUAACCCUCCAGAACACCAAGAAACUGUGGGAAUACCCGUUUGAAAACUAAUUAUUAGAAACAUUCAUAAAGAAUAGAAUUACAGCGUACUAACGUUUUUGCAAUCUUCUACCCUGCUAUCCUUGUGUGGCCGUUUUUUUGCAGUGAAAGCAUUUUACUACCCGAAAAUUUG